AUGCUCUCGACCACCCUCAUGACUUUUCUACUCACAACCAAACCCAAUGUCCGCUCAGUCAAGCUGCUCGGGUCAUGGGAUAAUUUCUCCAAGCCCUAUGCCAUGGAGCGCGACCGACGCGUCGGUGCCGGUGUGUGGCGCGGGUGCCAUACUUUCACCGAUAUCAUGGGCGACGGGCCGCCAAAUGAUAAAUCGCAGUGGCGGACCGGAGGGUUGAAGAUGGGGGCUACCUAUUGGUACUAUUACCUGCUGGACGACGACGUCGAACACUUCAACGAAGCCGAGCCCGUCACCACCAAAUGCCCUCUUCUCCCAGGCCAACCCGUCAACGUCCUGAACGUUCCCAUUAUCCUGCCCGACAGUCGCUCUCAUGGUCGGUCGAUGAGCAACAGUUCGGAAAAGUUCGAUUAUCGGACAAUGAACCCGGAGGACAAGUAUCUGAACCCGCGCAAGCCGCCAAAGCCCACUCUGCCCCGGAUCAACACGUCCAAGCCGCAGCGUGCUGCCACAGCCGCUACCAAGGCCUCGCCGCGCAAUGCGGAUAUGGUUCACCGGAGUGCGUCCCAGCCGAGCAGCGCGGCUCGCAGGAAAAAUGGGAACAAGGACGCGCGCUCUGUUUCCCCGCCGCGCUCGCGGGGUCUGCGCUCCGCGUUUCGAAAUGCCAAUGAAGAUACACCCAAGCGACCCGAUCCCGUUCAGCAGGUCAAUGCGCAGAGCCUGGCGCUUCUGCAGAAUGGCGCGGUGGACGAGCACCGCAAUGGUGUCGGUCCAGAAACCCACGUUCCGGCCACGAUCCAAAGUCGUCGCGCAAUGAAAGCUGGCGCUGGGGAUGCUGGUCGAGCUGCUUUGACCGUAGAAACCCGCGGGCAGCAGCAGCAGCAGCCCAAGCAGCCCAACAAUUCCAAUGAAGGGUCCUCUGGCGGUCUGUCAACCCCGACGCGCGUGGACACCAAGGAAAAGAGACUGCCCACGCUCCCGAACACGCCAUCGUCUGUCAUGGACGAGGCGGUGCGCGCCAUCGACGAGACAGACAAGGCGAUGAACGCCGAGGUGCUCCGCAGUCACUUCUCCAGCUUGACAACUGUCGAAGGUUCAACGCAGUCGCGGUUCGUGGCGGAACAAAGCCGCUUCUCCGAAUGGAGUACGGAUACAGAGGAGCACGCCUCGCCCGAAUUCGUGAAGUCCGCCUUGACCUUCAACGAUGUCCGCGCCCACGACAAAACCCACACCUACGGUGGUCCUGUAUCUCCCGCUCUGGAAACAGCGAGCACCUGGAAAACACCAGAUCUCUCCCUCCCUGCCGAUUUCGCAACAAGCACCGACCCAAACACACCGCACCUAACCGUGCACUCCAAGCCCUCGUCCCCCAACUCCGCACUAGACGACAUCCCACCGUGGAACUCCUCGCUCCCGCAACUGGCAGUCUCCCUCUCCGAAGCAGCCAACCUCGACGUCGACGUCGUAUCCGGUCUGGGCAUCGAGAACCUCGACGAAGUAGAAAGGAAUCCAAAGCGACACGCCGCGCUCUUCAGCGCCAUCGAAUCAAUGCAGGCUCUUGCGCUCGCGCGCAGUCGGAGCUCAUCCCCGAUGAUCUUCUCGGAAGAGCAGGAGAGGGAGUUUGGUGCCGCUGAGCAGACUAUUCGCGAUAGCCCGCAGCUGGGCGAGAUUCGGUCACUGAGACCCAGUGCUGUCGGGGCGUCGCUGCAUCCUGGUGGGGCGGAGCAUGGGAAGACCACCAUGCAGGAGCUUAUGGAUGAGUUGAGCUAUUUGAAGAAUGUGAUUCAGGCGGAGAUGGAUGGGGAGCCGUUUUAG